AUGUCGUCCAAACUACCUCAGCUGCGAGAAGGAGGAGCCGAGGCGCUGAACAAGCAUCUGCACCAGACUGUCGCGCGGAAGGAAACCCCAGCGCUCUUCUACCUUGCUACCAAUGCCAAAGACACCAUCCUGUCGAUUCAGGAGGGGGAGAUGGUCUUUGGGGAUGAGAACUCUGGCCAGGUUACCGAGGACACCAACCUUGAGCUAUUCUCACAGACCAAGCUCGUCACAUGUCUGUCAGCUCUCCAGCUGGUCGACCGGGGUCUGGUCAGCCUUGACAGCGAGGAGGAUAUCGAGAAGCACCUGCCCGAGAUCGGCAAGCUGGAUCUGCUGAAGGGGUACGGAGACGAUGGAAAGCCCAUCCUGGAGAAGCCGACCAAGAAGGUUACUCUUCGGAUGCUCAUGUCCCACACCGCUGGCUUCGUCUACGCUCACGCAGAGUCAGCGUUGAGCGCCUACCUUAAAGCAAACCCAGAAGUCAGCAUCUUCCACCCCUCUGCCAACCUCAACACCAUCCUCAAACCCCUCAUCUUCGAACCCGGAACGUCGUGGAUCUACUCUACCUCGAUCGACUUUGUCGGCAAACUCGUCGAGCGUGUCUCGGGGGAGCGCCUUGACGAGUACUUCCAGAACCAUAUCUUUGCCCCGCUCGGCCUAAAAACCCUCACAUUCUACCCUACCGACACGGUAAAAAAGAACAAGAUGGCGGUUUGCAUGCGCAAGCCGGACGGCUCGCUCGCAACCUUUCCGAACGGCUUUGGGAUGGGUCGACCUAGCGAGGUCGACCACAUCUCGAAGGAGCUCCUCCUCGGCGGCGCCGGGCUGUUCGGUACUCUCGCAGACUAUCUCGUCAUCCUCCGGGCCAUCCUCCAGGCGGACCCUUCCUCUCCUCACCGUUCCGACAAACCCAUCAUCUCGCCCGAGUCGUACAAGGAGCUCUUUACAGGCUGCGUCCAGACCCAGGUCGGCAAGGCGGCGAUCUUUGAGAUGGUCGGGCGCGCGGCGUACUUUGACCCGCCAGCGACGGAGAACAAUGUCGAUCACUCGGUCGGCUGGAUGAUCAACCUGGAGGACUUUACGGGACGGCGGAAGGCGGGGAGUGGGAGCUGGAGUGGGGCGGCCAAGACCAAUUUCUGGGUUGACCCAAAGACUGGUAUCGCUGGUAUCUGCGGUACUCAGCUCCUCUCGCCUGCACCGGACCCGUAUUUCGCCAUCUACGCUGCAUACGAGAAGGAGCUUUACUCGAAUUUGGAGUAG